CUGACGACGAGUGCUGCUCCUCCUCCUAGUCCUACCUCAAUCUGCGGUGCAGCAGGAUUUUCAAAACGCAUUUCUCGAUUGGGCUGUUGCCAGUGGCGGUUCGCGUGGAGUUUUGAGCCCGCCGAGCCACCGUGUGUUUGUGUUGAUGGAGAUGAAGAUGGCGGAGGAACUAGAGAGGGUCCGAAUUUCAGCCGCGGAACUACGGGGCGCCGCUCCCGGGACUAGCCGGGACCAGAGCCUGCGAGCCGGGGAGCCGCCAGACAGCGGAAAGGACCAGUUUGACGGUCAGCAGCGCCGGGAUGGGAAGCGGCCGGACCUGCGGCUCUACCAGCCUGGCAUGUCGAGGCUCCGACCCCGCAGAGAGACCUCAGGGAGUAGCGAGGGGGACGGGCGGCCGGAGCACUGCCCACGAGAGGAGGAGGAGGAGGAGGAGGAGGAGGAGGAGCGGGGGACAGGGCCAGAGGCAGCCCACGCUGCUGAAACCACGGGGACCGCAAGGACCCCCGAAAUACCAGCUCGGGACAGCCCAGCGUCCGUCGCUGCUGCUGCUGCUCCUGCGGGGUCCCCAAAACAGGCACGCAAAACCCGCAAACCGGACCGGCAGAUCUACCAGCCCGGGGGCCGCCGUCUGCAGCAGCCAGCGCGUCCGAGCAAAGAGACUGGGGUUAGCAAAGACCUGACCGUGAGCAAGGAGACUAGCAAAGAGACUGGGGUUAGCAAAGACCUGACCGUGAGCAAGGAGACUAGCAAAGAGACUGGGGUUAGCAAAGACCUGACCGUGAGCAAGGAGACUAGCAAAGAGACUGGGGUUAGCAAAGACCUGACCGUGAGCAAGGAGACCAGCAAAGAGACUGGGGUUAGCAAAGACCUGACCGUGAGCAAGGAGACUAGCAAAGAGACUGGGGUUAGCAAAGACCUGACCGUGAGCAAGGAGACUAGCAAAGAGACUGGGGUUAGCAAAGACCUGACCGUGAGCAAGGAGACUAGCAAAGAGACUGGGGUUAGCAAAGACCUGACCUUGAGCAAGGAGACUAGCAAAGAGACGGGGUUUAGCAAAGACCUGACCUUGAGCAAGGAGACUGGGGUUAGCAAAGACCUGACCUUGAGCAAGGAGACUAGCAAAGAGACGGGGGUUAGCAAAGACCUGACUGUGAGCAAGGAGACUAGGGUUAGCAAAGAACCUGCAGCCGACAAGGAAACUACUGACAUAAAAAAUCCAGGGGUUAGCAAGGCGGGAGGGGCUGCCAAGGACUCUGCAGAGACCUUAAUCAGGAAAACAGAGGGGAUGAAAAUUUCCGAGGGUGUCAGUCGUCCAGCCUUCGGGGAGGAGGGCGAGGGAGGGAGAAAGAAGGCGGGGAGCGAGGGCAGGAGAAACAAAGCAGGGGGAGAGGGAGCUCAAGGGAGGAAAGAGAAGGGGGCAAGGAGGACCAGAGGAGGAGGAGGAGGAGGAAGAGGUAGCGGUGAGAGGGAGAGGGCUAGGGAAAGGGAAGGAGACGAGUCAAGAAAGAAGAGCGGUCUGGAGCGGGAGAGGGGGAAGGUGGUAGAGAGGGAGGGGGAAGCAUGUGAGGGAGGGAGCAAGGCUCAGCAGGGCGGUGGUGCCUCAUCGAAGCGCUACUCCAAAUCAGACAAGCGCCGCAAUCGGACCUACAGUACCAGCUCGGCCAGCAGCGGUACCAGUUUCGAUGGGCCUGGGAACGGAGGGGGGUCUGCGAGAGUCGGGGAGAGUAGGAGAAAGCAGCACCAGCAGCAGGGAGCCAGGGACAGAGGAGGGAGGGUUAGUGGAACAUCCCGUUCUGCCGUUACAGCUGGGGGAGGCGACAGGAGAGAGAGGGCCCGGGCUCCCAAAAAACAGGCCAGCAUUUCAUCCACGGACUCUUACGAUGACUUCGAACAAGAGGACAGAGAAGAGAGAGAGGGUGAAGGGUGGAGCCCAGAUAGGUCUAGUAAUAACAGAAGGAGAGGGGUAGGAAGCAGCAGCAGCAGCGAUAGAAGGGCAGGCGGCAUCUUAAGGGUGAGCUUCGACAGGGAAAGUAAUUCUCUGGUCACCACCGCGAACAGCGCAGAGCAGAAGAGGAGAGAUGAGCCCAGAGGGAGAGGGAGGGGCAUCCUCAUACUCCCCGCCCACACAGACCUGACUGCACCCCCUGAGUCGGGGUCACGCCUCCUGGUUGGAAGCCGGGGAGCCAGGGGACAGGGCCGGGGCGGGGCUACCAGAAGGCUGUGGGAUCCCAACAAUCCAGAGCAGAAGCCAGCUUUAUUAAAGGGCCAGCAGCAGCAGCAGCAGCAGCACCUUGGCCUACAGCAGCACCUACACUUGCAGCAAGCAGUAUACUCCCAGCCUCAGCUUCACUUCUUAGACACAGAUGACGAAACCACAGGCAGCCCCCCUGCCCACCAGGAGGAGGCCUUUCAAGGCUACCGCGCCGCCGCUCAACAGGCAGUCGCUUCUUGUUACUACAAGUUUCAGAACUCGGACAACCCUUACUAUUACCAGCCCACCACCGCCCCCCGGUACCCCUACCCUUACCAGCUACCCUAUCAGAUCCAAGGCACUAAUGGGGUGUGCCCUCCUGCUGCUCCUGGCUACUACGCAGGGUACCCUGGUGUCGGAGCGGCCCCUUCCUCUCUGCAGCAGCACGGAUACAUCUCCAGCCCCCUCACCCCGGAGGAGGCUGAGCUCCAGGCCAAGGGGAUGCAGCAGCAGGAGCUGAUCAAGCUGCUCCGGAUAGCAGACAAGCAGGAGCUGCAGCUCAGCAACCUGCUGUCCCGGGACCGGCUCAGCCCAGAGGGGCUCGACAGGAUGGCACAGCUCAGGGCUGAGCUUCUCUCUGUGUACGAGCGUGUGAUCCUGAGCGAUCUCGAGUAUUCGGACACUCAUAAUCUGGACCAGGCUCUGUGGAAGAACGCUUUCUACCAGGUGAUAGAGAAGUUCAGGCAGAUGCUGAAAGACCCAGCCUCGGAGACCGGCCAUCAGAUCAGAGCCAUGCUGCUCACACUGCUGGACGAGGGAGCUGCGUUCUUCGACUCCCUCCUGAUGAAGCUGCAGGCCGUGUUCCAGUUCAAGCUGGAGGAUUACAUGGAUGGGAUGGCGAUUCGCAGCCGACCCCUGCGCAAGACGGUGAAGUACGCGCUGAUCAGUGCCCAGAGGUGCAUGAUCUGCCAGGGAGACAUUGCCAGGUACCGAGAGCAGGCCAACGACACAGCCAACUAUGGGAAAGCACGCAGCUGGUACCUGAAGGCGCAGCAGAUCGCUCCCAAAAACGGACGCCCGUACAACCAGCUUGCACUGCUGGCUAUCUACACGAAGCGGAAGCUGGAUGCAGUGUAUUACUACAUGCGCAGCCUGGCUGCCAGUAACCCCAUCCUGACUGCCAAAGAGAGCCUGAUGAGUCUGUUCGAGGAGACCAAGCGCAAGGCGGACCAGAUGGAGCGGCGCAGGCAGCAGCAGCAGCAGCGAGAGCGGGAGGAAGUCUCCGAGUGCAGUGCAGGGCCCAGGGGCCGGGGGGGAGCAGGAGGGGGAGGCAGGUCCACUCUCGGGGACGACGCGGCUCGAGUGGAGAUCUGGGUUCGACCGGCCAGGAAAGGCCAGUCCAGAGCGGGCAGCGAGUCCGGCAAAGAGUCUGAGCAAGACAGUGAGCUGAGCCACCUCAUCCCCAGUGACCUCAAUAAGCGCUUCAUCCUGAGUUUCCUCCACGCUCACGGGAAGCUCUUCACAAAGAUCGGGAUGGAGACGUUCCCAGUGGUGGCGGCUCGGGUCCUUCAGGAGUUCCGCGUCCUCCUGCAGCACAGCCCCUCCCUCAUCGGGAACACGCGCAUGCUGCAGCUCAUCACCAUCAACAUGUUCGCAGUGCACAAUGCGCAGAGCAGGGACGGGGGCAGUGAGGCUCGCUCAGUGAUCCAGGAUCAGGCUACCUCUCUGGGGCUGUCAAUGUUCGCCCUGCUGGUGGAGCGCUGCACGGAACUGCUCAAGGACACUCCGAGAGCGCCCCCCAGUGCCAGCGAGGAUGAUGACGGGGAUGAAGAGGAAGACGUCAAGGUGUCUUCCUUCCACGCGGACCUCAGGGAGCUGCUGCCCAGCGUCAAGGUCUGGUCGGAUUGGAUGCUAGGCCAACCGGACCAGUGGAACCCGCCUCCCUGCAGCCUGCUGUUGCCAAACGGGUGCUGCCUGGAUGUGUGGCAGACCCUGGCGCAGUUCUGUAACACGCUGGCGGGGGUGAACCAGGGCGCGGUGCCACUCUACAAAGACCCAGACGAGGACCUGCGUCUGCUGGUGCUGGAGGAGGACCGGCUGCUCUCAGGCUUCAUCCCCCUGCUGGGGGCGCCGCAGGAGCCCUGCUAUGUGGAGACAGCGUCCGACAAGGCCAUCGCUGCGGACUGUAAGCGGGUCACGGUGCUCAAGUAUUUCCUGGAAGCGCUCUGUGGACAAGAAGAGCCUCUGCUGGCAUUCAAGGGUGGAAAAUAUGUGUCGAUGGCAACCGUCCCAGACACCAUGGGAAAGGAAACGGGAAGCCAGGAGGGAAAACAAGCCGACAAUCAGGAUGAGGACGUGCUGGUUGAAGCGAUGGAGGAGGACUCUGAGCCGGACGCCAGCGGCAGCGAGGAUGAUUUCCGAGAGCUGAGAGCGCGCAAGCAUGCCCUGACUGUGAAAGUGGCGGAGCAGCAGAGGAGACGAGACAAGAUCCAGGCAGUGCUGCAGCCCUGCAGGCAGCUGGAGAUUGAGAUCACUCCCGUGUUCCUGGUCCCCGACACCAACGGCUUCAUUGACCACCUGAGCGGUCUGGCCAAGCUGCUGAGCUGCAAGGCUUACAUACUGGUGGUGCCCCUCAUCGUGAUCACGGAGCUGGACGGGCUGGCACGGGGGCAGGAGACGGAGUACCGCACUGGCAGCCACGCCCGGCAGGUUCAGGAGCACGCCCGCAGUGCCAUCGGCUUCCUGGAGCGCGGGUUCGAGAACAGAGAGCCCUGCCUGAGAGCUCUGACCAGCCGGGGGAAUGAGCUGGAGUCCAUCUCCUUCCGCAGCGAGGACCCUACGGGACAGCAGGGAAACAACGAUGACCUCAUCCUGUCCUGCUGCCUGCACUACUGCAAAGACAAAGCCAAGGACUUCAUGCCCACUCAGAAAGACGAGCCCAUUCGUCUGCGCAGGGAGGUGGUUCUGCUGACGGACGACCGGAACCUGCGAGUGAAAGCGCUGACCCGAAACGUGCCGGUCCGGGACAUCCCAGCCUUCCUCAAGUGGGCCAAAGUGGGAUGAAACCAGAGCGGGCGGGCCAGCAGCGCACGGGAGAAGAUACGACACAAAUGAAUUCCUCUGAGCGAAAAACAAAUGACAAACAAGAGAAAGAGGGAGUGAAAGAAGAGAGAGAGGGAGGGAGGGAGGGAGGGAGUUUAGAUUGAAGGGAUCUGUUAAAAGAGGCUUUACUGUGAGUUCCUCGAUAAUAGAAAUGACCUCUCUCUCGACCUAACAACCUUUUAGAUUGCAAAGAAAAUCAAGAUGAUGAUGAUGAUGGUGAUGAAGAUUUGUGGCUAGGCAACCACAGCACUGAGUUAAGCUGCAGCGUGAGUGAGUGAACGCAGCCACAGGAUGGUAACCCACUGAAGCCACAGAUAAGGGAGGGAGGGGUCCGAGUCGCGUGGCCCGGAGUGGAGUGGAAUUGAGAGAACGAGGGAAGGCUUGGUUGGGUUUGGUUUUGGUUUUGUGAAUGUGAGUGGGGGCUGUCCUGUCCAGAUGAUCUCUGGUGACCCCAAUAUUUUUUUUUAUUUAUUUUUUUUUUUUUUACUCACCUCUUGUGACUUUCUUGCUUGUUUACGUUUCAGGUGCAGUGCGGUUCGUCACGUGUGUCUCGCCUGCCUUUAUCUCCCUGAAUUCAGUGGUAUCCGAAAUUGUUCUUUUUAAAAGUUUACUGAUUAUUCUGCCCGAAGAGUGCACAGACUGAAAAGCAGUCUGUGGGGUGCAUUGAAAGCGAUUCUAAGACAUGGUGGCACACGGGUCUCCUAGUCUCUCUCUGGCAUUAAGAUCUGGGACGUGGAGCUGUCUUUGACUCCAUCUAACUAAUGAAUUCCUACUCCUGACUCCACGGCCCCUAAAGACUAUAAAGGAUUCGAUAUGCCUAGAAAACUACAGUUCCCAUAAUUCCUUUCUGCACUGAAGACCAGGGGCUGGGGUAUUUAAACCGAGGGGGAUGGGUACCAUUUCAUGGUUCAUGCUCGAUGCAUUCUGUUUUAAAUUGGGGGGGGGGGGGGCUGAAAUGGGUAGCUGAAAUGGGUAGCUGUUUCCCAUAGACAGUGCUAACUGUACUGUAUACAGCUUUUAUGGUAGAUCUGUAUGUCUUGUGCAUCUGUGAGCUGGCUGUUUUUCUUUUUUCUUUUGGUUUGUCAGCAGAUUUUGAUAAGCAUGACAGUGGAAGCCUGUGAGCUCCAUGUUAUACAAAGUUUUUGCUAAAAAAAAAAACCUUUAAAUUUAGCAAUUUUAUAGUUUUGCUGUUAUUUAUUUAUUUUUUUAUGCUGUAAUAUAUGGAUUUUUUAUUAAGAAUUAUUUUUGUCUGGGUGUUUUUCUUGGAGGGACGGUGCUUUGGCCUCCAUUCUUGCAGGGAGGCUGGGUAAGAAGUCAUUGAAAGUGGUAUCUUUUACAGAGCACUGGCCUGGCUCCACCUGGGUAAACCACAGCUCCACGGGAGUGACUUACUUCAAGGAUCCUUGCAAAAAUGGAGGACAGAUGCAUGAAUAAAAACUAAUAACUUGGUAACCAAUUGGAGCAACGGACUGCCCAACCCAUAGUCUCAACUCUGUAGUUGUAAAUAACUAAUUAACUAACUGACUAACAAGUCCUGCUGGCCAGGGAUGAUGGGGAUCUGCAGCCAGUGUAGCUGAUGAAGAAAGUUUAUUUUGAAGGAGCAGACAUUGCGUGUGCUGAAUUUGAAGGCAUGCUUGGUCUGUCUGCAGCCGUCUCGGAGACAUAUAAAGAAGACCGCUCUGACGCUCCUCAAUGGCUUUUUCCAGAGCUGUUUGUUCACUCCAGCUGGCUCCGGCACUUGCUUUUUCACGUCUGCAGAAUCUCAGGUAGCGCAGUCAGCCACCAGCUCAGCCCAGGCUCUGACAGCUGUUUGCAGCCUGAAACGGCAAGAUCCAUAGCUCUGCUUCCACAAACUCUCACUAUGUGGGUGUGCCGUUUACCACGCAGGACCUUUUCUGGAGUUGCAGAACUCCACUUCCCCCAGUGGAGCCACCACAUACAUGCCCGAAAAAUGUCCAGAUUUCCAACUCAUCCGCAACCCAGUUUGUUCCAACUGCUUGGCAAACAAAGCCUAACAGUCCUGGGUUUUGAUUCAGCAACGAACUAUUGUAAAUAUUUGACUGUUUAAAUCAUUAUUGGGGUGGAAAAAAAAUAAAUAAAUCCUCCUGAUAUGAAAUAUUUUGAUAAAUUGAGGCUAUUCUUAAUCUGUGUGCGUCAUCGGACUAAAACACAAUUUAAAUAAGUUGAUGCUUUUCAUUACUCUCUUUAUAAAAACCUGGGCUCUUUCCGAGCGGGCUGAUCUACAAUGAGAUCCAUUCAGCACCACUGAACACCCCUAGCACACUUUGGAGCUGCCCAGGUACGUUGCUGAACAGCCGAUCACACUGAUGGAGCAGCUCUGUGCACGCUUUCCACAGGUCAGGGUCCCCUGAACCCGUGGACACUGAAUACCAGGACCUUUGGCAUUUGCUGGUUUACGAUGCGGAGUCUGCGGAGUGUGCCAGCAGGGACGGGAGCCAAGGAGGGGGUCUGGUUUCAGGACUGAUAGCCGAUCACGUCAGGCACAGACCCGCCCUGCCUGUCACAGAGGUUCUUCUUCCUGAAUCUAACUCUCUAUUAGGACAUGUCUGACCAGGCUAGCUGGAAUGGGCAUGCGUGUGAAUCAAAGACCUCCGUGGCACAUGGCUAUUUCAGGAAACUUUUUUUCAGUUGUUGUUGUUGAAACUAGUUUGUUGGCUUUAUUUUUUUUUUUUUUUUUUUUUCAAACCAUUUUCUUAAUAUGCAAAGUUUAAGCAAUACAAUCAGACUGAGGAAUAUUGGGGGGUUGUUGUCGUGAUGCACCUUAUAUUUGUGACCUACAACAGGGGUACUUUGACAGGAGCCAGAAAGAAAAUCACCAAAGAUUUAUAUAUAAAACUUUCGUUUUAAUUGACUUACUCCAUACUUUAAAUAAAGCAGGAGUAGAUAUUGGUAUCAAUACAUUGAUAUUAGGUAGCCUGCAGAUUUAAAAAGGUAUUGAGUAAAGAAAUGCAGUUUUAAGGUAGAGUUUCAGUUGCUAUCUGUGAACGAGUGCAAGUACAGGUGUGGUGAGCCUGUGCAGUUUAUCUUGAAGUGCAGUCCUGUAGUGUCGAUGGGGACUGGCCUUUAACAUACCCCUUAUAGCGCAUCAGUUAAACGCUCUAUAAAUACAGAUGUCAGCUCUACUUUUGUUUUUUUGGGGGGUUUUUUUAAAGACAUUUUAAGACUUUAUUCUCAUGUUUCCUUUAGAUAGAGAACAUUUAUAAUCAAUAAAAAAAGAGCUAAGUUCGAGGGCCUAGCGACAUUUCAGUUCACAGAGGAUGAUGCGUACUGUACAUAUGUUUUCUAAUUCAAGACGUUUUUAGUUUAGAUGUUUUCUGUGUGUUUAAUUUUCUAUUUGAAAUGCUGCAAAGAGCAUUUCUGUUGCAUGUGUUAUAAGGUGGUUCAGAGAGCUGGAGCUUGAGGAAGUCCGUUCUUUUUCCUGCUUGUUAAAGACGAGGAAAGCAGAUUGAAGCACAGAUGCUUUGUAGUGAUAGCAGCUGGGACUGGCUAUUGUCAAUGUCUUACCUCAUACUAAUUCCAACAUACUGUUCGGGGCUCUGAUUUUUAAAUUAAGUUUGGUGGGUUUUCAACUCCGUUUUCCGGAACUGUCAUUGCCUUGUCUCUUAAUAAUCAACCCAACCUGCAAUUCUUAGCUGCCCAGCACUGUAACCGUGGGCUGCAAUGGGCUCUGUUACAAUUAAAAUAAACAAGAAACGCCUGCAGGAUGAACUCAGGCCCAAGCCCACCAUUUCAAGCGCAGGCUCUGUAAGUGAUUUUUUUAAGCGAGUUCGAGUCAGUAUCGUGGAAAUGCAGCCAGCCUUGGCUCGGAUGUCAGAUGCCUCACUUUCAAGCAUCCGUUCCAGAAGCUGUUGCUUUAGUUCUGCUUUCCUCCUCUGGACUAAUAUCUUAUACCCGUGUUGUCCCCUGUUCUUUUACCAAUGUGUCUUGAUGUCAUCCCAGAGUGUUCUCUUGACCGCACACCUGGAUAGUUACAGAGAUGAGGAACCUGCCUCCCUAUGCUCACCAUUCUGGCUUUAUAGCCAGCUCCUUGCUGCAGCCGGAAUGGAGGUAGUUUCCUAAUAAACUUCAAUCCCUGCUGAGCCAGUGCGCUGCCCCUGGCUCUUUGGACCACCUUAAAAAACGAAAUGCAGUGAAAAGUUGUAAAAAGUUGAUCCGUGUAACCCGCUGCCCCCUCUUUGUGCAGAAGCAGAGUGUUGCUGUGUGUUCCUGCUCUUGCAUGUGGUGUGUGGCGGGCUGGGUGGGGUGCGGGCUGUAAUGUGGAGCAGAUUUAGGUUGGGUUGGUUUUGACAGAAUGCCGUUUUCGGUGCACUUAGUGUCGGGUUACGUUCAGCUGCACAGUGUAGUCCACGCUGACUGCCCUCUGACAUGCUUUGCCUUGUAAAUGAUUUGUUUUCCUUUUAUUUUUUUCUUUAUUAUUAAUAAUAAAAAGGUUGGCUUUAAAAA